AUGUCCUGCUGGGACGGCCUGCGCGCUCGGCUGCGGUUCGGCCGGCCGGCGCGCGGCGGUCUGGUGACACUGGCUGCCGGCUUCCUGCUGCACCUGUCGCUCGGCUGCGGCUACAGCUACGGCAACUUCACCACCUACCUGACCUCAUACCUGGCCGUGCGCCGCCGGUUGCCGGUCGACUUCGGCGCCACGCUGUGGGUGGACGCCGCCAUGACGGCCGCCGAGGGGCCGGGCGUGUUCCUGGGCAGCAUCUGCUACCGCCGGCUGGGACCGCGGCUCACGCUGCUGGCCGGCGGCGUGCUCAGCUCCGGCGCGCUGGCGCUCAUGUACGUCGUGGUCGACACGUCGCUCGCCUGGGUGAUCGUCGUGUUCGGCGUGGUGAACGGUCUGGGCGUCGGGUUGGCCUACAGCCCGCCGCUGCUAGCCGGCUUCAAGUGGUUCCCGCACCACCGCGGCCUCAUCAGCGGUCUGGUGGUCACCGGGUUCCGGCUCGGCGGAAUCAUGUUCACUACCAUCCAGACCAGCUUCCUCAACCCUGACAACGUGCUGCCCGAUCCCGACGACGGCUUCUUCUACGACGACGCGCUGCUGGACCGCGUGCCGUGCCUGUUCCUGUUGGAGGCCGCCGUGAGCGUGGUGUUCCAGCUAAUCGGCGUGCUCGGUGUGCACGACCCGCCCGCCGAGCACGACCGACUGACCCCCGAGCCGGGCUUCGGCCGCGCACUGAGCGACACCUCCGAUACCUCCGCCACAGCGGCCUCUGAGGGCGCUGACCCUCAGGAAGACCGCAGCAAGACACCAGCGAGCCGCAGCCCUUCAGUGGCCAGCGCUGAGCAGACGACAUCCUGGAAGAAGUCGCUGAUGACGCUGCCGGCACUGCAAUUGACGGUCGGCUUCGCCAUGUGUAUCCUCACGCUGUCCAUCUUCAACCCGCUGUGGAAGGCGUUCGGACAGACGUUCAUCCGCGACGACCACUUCAUGGAGCUGGUGGGCUCCGGCUCGCUGGUGCUCGGCCUCAUCGGCCGCCUCGUCUGGGGCGUGCUCUGCGACAUGUUCAGCUACAAGCCCAUCAUGCUGAUGAUGCCAGGACUCAUCUGCUUCUUCACAUUCACCCUGCCGGCCUGCACGGAGGGCAGUCAGGUCAUGUUCCUGUUCUGGGUGUGGUCCAUCUACUUCUGUUACGCCGGCGUGUUUUCGGUGGUGGUAACCGGCACGGCCGACUGGCUCGGCACCGACGUCGCCGGCCACGUGUACGGGGUCAUCUUCAUGACGGGUACGCUGGUGUCGCUGCUGGCGCCGCCGCUGGCCGAUGCGGUGCUCGACAGCCGCGGCUACCCGAGCGUGUUCCUCGUGUCGGGAGGGUUCGCCGCCGUCGCCUUCGUCGCCGCGCUGACGUUCCGACACAUCGACCGCACCGAUGUCGACUACCAUCGAAUGCAGCCCGACAUGCCGGUGAAACUGUGA